AUGGACGACCAAUUCGGAGGCCGCACCGACGACGACCUGUUCUUCGACGACUUUGAACCUGUAAGCAAUCCUCAGGUCGUCGAAACCGUCGCAGCCCCUCCUCCCCCUCCCGCCGCCGUCGCGACACCGCCUGUCGACCCCCCCAAACCCAAACCUGCGGCGCCAAAGCCCGUCCAAAGACCUCCUUCCCAACAACCUGCCGCGAAACGACCGCCCACUGCGCCUAGGGGCGGGCUCGCUAACUCGCGCUUCGCCGACAAGCCUGCCGCCGCCCCGCGCUCUCCCCGCCAAGCCGCUCCCGCCCUCCCGCCGGCCCCGCGGCGGCGCAGAACGCGACAGCGCCAACCGCGUCGGGUCGCCCACAGCCGUGGCCGCUUCCCUCCCCCCGCGACGGACCAAAAGUUCAUUCCCCCGGCGUCCCACCCGCCCCGCGAAAAGCCGCAACCCCCGCCCACCGCGCCCACGGGUCCGGCCGCCGGCGGCACCACCCCCACCACCCCAGGCGCGACUCCCGGCGCAAACACGGCCUUAAACGCCGCGGCGCGCCUCGGGUCCGGCGCGAACCCGCGAACCAAGCUCACCGAGACGGAGCUGGCGGCCAAGAUGGAGCAGAUGCGCAUCCUCAACGCCGAGAAGACACGCAAGUUCGAGCAGGCUGAGCAGGACGAGCGCAGCCAUGCCGAGGCGUACGCGCGCGGCAUGGAGGAAGCGCGGCAGCGCAGGAAGCUCGACGAGGAGAAGCGGCGCCGCGGCGAGGAGGAGCGCAAGCGCAUGGACGACGAGCGCGCCAAGAACAGGGAGAGGAAGCUCAAGGCCAUGAGCAUGAAGGAGGGCGGCUGGGACGAGGGUAAGGACGCGCUCGCGCAGGAGGACGAGAAGAGGGGGUUCCGCGGCGCCAACGGCGGGGUCCGCGGAACCAAGUCCGGCGCGGGGCUCUCGGGGAGCAGGUUCGCCCGCGACGGCGACGACGCUGGCGAUCGGCACACCGGCGCCGGUUCCGGCGAAGAGCGGAGGGGGGGCAGUGGCCGCGGCCGCGGUAGGGGCCGUGGUGGUCCAGGGCGGGGCAACGGACGCGGUGGUCGGGGUGGUGGGUUCGGCAACGAGCACGAGCGCGAUCCUGCCGCGUCCAACGGCGGCGAUGGCGCCCAAGGUGCCAAACCCGCCGCGCCGGCCCCCGUCAUCAGCACCGAGGAGUUCCCCGCUCUGCCCGGCAAGAAGUCCACUACCGACGACGCGUCGUUGCCUAUGCUGUCGCCCCUCGGUCGAUGGGAUGACGAGAUGGAGGCCUUCGACGCCAAGCUCAAGAGCGGCGUGAACGAUACGGAAUGA